AUGGUGGGAUCAUGGGAGUGCUGCGCCACGAGUAUCGCCACGACGCACCGCGACUCUCGUCCUCUCUCUCUCUGUCACUGCCCCUUCUACCCAAACUCUCCCAUCUACAUCUCCGCUAUUCGUUCACGGGAUACAGGUCGUCCGACGGGCGCCGCGCCUUCUCUUGCCUUUAUUCGCCCCCACCGUAAACUGUUCGGCGCUUGUCGUGCUUUUCACCAGCUCUCAGACACGCACCGCCUGACAGCCAUGUCCCAACUAUCGAUCGUAAAAGAUCAGCUGCUUAGUAAGGGCAUCAACCACUUUGUCGUGCUAUCCAGCUCUGGUCAGGUGGUCGAGUACAGCGGCGACUUCGAGAACAAGGAAAAGCAGGUGCUGGCGUACGCUAUUCUUCAGCAAUGCUCUGCGCUGCUUGCGAAAGGUGAGUUGAUGAAGCGAGUCACCAUGAAGUUCGAUGACGUCCUUUACGUGGCGACGACCGUUCAAGACAGUGCGACGGUGUACGGCGUGGUGGCCAAGCGUCCCACGAACGGGGCAACGAUGUAA